AUUAUUAGUCUGUUUCAGUGUAGACGACUGUUACAGACAGGCACUGAAGGACUAGCAGGGUUUAAGCCUCGACCUACAAAUGACAAUGCAGGAAAAUGUGCAGAAUGUCAACAUCGUCAACAGUAACCUUCAGUUAACCUAUGUUUAUGGAGCACAAAACCCUGCCUACCCUCCACCAGUACCAAACUACCAGAGUUCCAUGCCACUUCCACCACCUUACUCGGUACAGAGCCCAGCGUACAGCACAUACACUUCACCAGACCAGCCCUACUCUGCUUUCCUUGAAUCCGAGAAUGGGCCCAAACCAGAUGCGGAAACACCCCCAGAAUACUCUGCCGGCCUGCAGGAUAGCAGCCCCUUCUCUGAGCAAUCCAUCAGAAGAGCUUUUAUUCGGAAAGUCUAUACUACAUUGACAAUACAGCUCAUCAUAACCUUUGGACUUGUUUUUAUGUUUACAUUCUGGAAAACCUUGAGGAAUUGGGUUCGGGAUUACCCAUAUAUCGUGUAUGCUCUGUUACCUUGUACCUUUAUCCUGGUGAUGGUGCUUGCCUGUUGUAACGAAGCACGUCGGAAAGUUCCAUUAAACUUUAUUCUCCUUGGAAUAUUUACGUUGCUUGAAGGUUGUCUACUGGGAUCACUUGCAGCGCUCUUUGAUGCUGAUGCUGUGAUGUGGGCUACUGGAGCCACCAUACUCGUCACACUGGGUCUGACACUUUUUGCUUUUCAGACAAAGUGGGAUUUCACCGUUUUAUCUGGGGGUCUAUCUGUUUUCCUGCUGGUGUUAGUGUCUUUCGCAAUACUUGGUGCCAUCUUCAGGUCCUAUUGGUUGAAUAUUGUAUAUGCAUGCAUUGGAACAUUUGUAUUUGGCAUGUACUUGGUUAUUGACACACAACUAAUUACUGGUGGAAAACACCGCUAUUCUCUGAGCCCGGAGGAAUAUAUCUAUGCUGCGCUCAACAUUUACGUGGACAUUGUGAAUCUCUUCCUGCUGCUGUUGCAGCUAUUUGGACUGUGCCGGUAGUGUAAGGACUGUUUAUGGUGCCCAUUACAGGGCCAUGAACAUUAGUUCCUGAAAAUGUACAAGACUCCACGCAGCCAUUUACAGAAAUACUGAUACGGCAAUGGGAACAAGCUGCACCACCUUUUCUUUACAGAAAUGCAUUAAUGUUUUUCUUUGCUGAUUUUCAUAUUGUUUUUAAAUUAUUAUUAUUAUUAUUUGUUGUUAAAUUGAUUUUUUCUGUAAUGUAUUGUAUGUAUUGAACCUUUUUUUUGGUAUGUGGAUACAUUUCUGCCACACAAUAUUAAAACUUAUCCCCUUAAAAUGUC